CUUACAUUAUAUCAAAUUAAAAUAAGCAGAUAGGAACAGCUGUCCUUAUAUUUGGCUAAAAGCAAUUUAGGUAAGCACUGAGUAAAAUAAGAAAAUUUAUAUAUCGAAUUGAAGGAAAAUGGGACGCCGCUCAAUAAAUACCACUAAAAGUGGUAAAUAUAUGAAUCCUACUGAUCAAGCUAGAAAAGAAGCACGAAAAAAAGAGUUGAAAAAAAAUAAAAAACAACGUCAAAUGGUUCGAGCGGCUGUUCUGAAAAAUAAGGAUCCAAGUCAGAUUCUUGAAGAAAUGGAGAAGAUUGAUGAAAUGGAAUACAAUGUCUUGCAACCUUCGCCACUAAAUGAGAAAGUUCUAAGAGAUAAAAGAAAGAAACUAAAAGAAACGUUUGAUCGUGUUAUGCGUCUCUAUCACAACGACGACCCUGAGCACUGGUCUGAACUGAAGCGCAAGGAAGUGGAAUAUGAAAAGAAGCGACUUAAGAAGCAACAGUAUUACGAAAGUGUGAAGCAUGCGCAAAGUGUACAAAUUGACGAAAUUCCUUUACCUUCCACGAGUCAAAUGCCCGCUAUGCCUACUCCAGCCGCAAUAAAUUUUACUGGUCCUAAGCGCCUACCUCCACCCCCAAUAGCACUCUCGCUGCCCCCUUUUGCACCAGGAGCUCCACCAGGAACUUUGAAGAAGUCGAAUGAAAAUAUAACCAAGACUCUCGAUAAGCUCGAAGAAGUUAAGAAAAAAGAUCCCUUAAGCGUCCCAAUCGGACCACCUCCUGAUUUGUUUGAUAUGCCCGACCUCAAUACGGAUGCCGAGGAUGAGGAAGUCGUCUUAAAAAAGUACACACCAAAAUCUAAGGUGGUGCCUAAACCAAAUUCAUUACAACAACGUAUGCUAGCCAUUUCUGGACAAAACAUUGACGAAUUCAUGAGAGAGAUGGAAAACGUUCAUAAAAAAAAGGAACAAGAGGCUGCUGCAAGUAAAGAGAUCUCUCAAAGCGCAGAAGGCGACGACAUUUCGAAAAAUAAGCCAAGUGAAGAUAGGGUUAAAAAUAAGGAGGUAGAUUCCAACAUGGCAAACGAAAAUAAAGUGCAGCCGUCAAUUAGUACAACUGGAAAUGCGACAACGACAACUGUAGUAGCACUUCCUGUAGCCUUGGCGCCGAACACCCCUAGCACACAAGCACAUUUGUCUAUACCAGGACCUCCUGUUCCCUCUUUGGCAGGCUUAGCACCACCUAUGCUUUUUAGGCCGCCGCUUCCACGACCGCCAGGUAUGCAUGGUUUUGGCAUCCGAAUGCCUUCUGGUCCACCUCCAGGGCCACGUCCACCUGCUUUAAGUAACCUCCCACGGAUAGGCAUACGGAUCCCUGGACCACCUCCAGGUCUACCUCCACGUUUACCUCAUCAUCACAAAAGUAUCCAGCAAUUACAUCAAAAUAAAGACAGCAAGGGCGUUACUACUAUAUCUGCAAAGCCUCAAAUAAGAAAUCUAAGUGCCGAUGUUACUCGUUUCGUACCCUCAACCUUGCGAGUGAAACGUGAAGAAAGUCGCAAGCAUCAAAACCGUUCUAAACCAUACGCCUGUGAGAAUAUGAACUCCAUUACAGAUACCAACAAAACCGCCUCUAAAGAUGACGCGUAUUUACAAUUUAUGAACGAAAUGCAAGGACUUUUAUAAAUUCAAAGAAUUGUA